AUGGAUGAUCUUGGCAAGGAUGUUGCAUAUUUUAAUAGCAUUCUAUAUUCAAUUUUCGUCGAAGAACGUAGGGCCGAAGAUCUUUACCAGGAUAUACGGAGCGGCUUAAAAAGAAGCGUUGUUCGCGUUGAAAAGGACAAGGAUAAAGUUGAAAAGGGGGGAGAUUUGUCUGGAAGUCUUAUCCUGGAAAUUGAGAACGCUUUGUCGAAGGCAAAAAUUGCAUUAGAAAAAUCGGAGCUUAUGGCUGAAAAAGCUAGCAAGAUCUCAAAGCAAACAAUUGGUAAUCCUCAGGCGUACCGAAAACCCCAGAAAAUGCCUUAUACUGUUGAUUUAAAUAAGCCUAAAUCUCAGAUGGAAAUGGUAAACCGCAGUAUCACUUCAGGUAAUCAUAAAUGCGACUCCACUACUUCUAAACAUCGAGUGCGUACAGAACGAGCACCUUCUGAAGUUGAUUUACUUCGCAGAAGAGCCCAGUCAUGGCUGUCUACUUCUUUUUUUGACAAUUCUCAAGCAGAUGUUGCAGAAUCUGACAACUUUGCUCAGGAAUCUACAGGGUCUCCAAAAGUGGUCGCGCCGACCAACCGUUCCUUAACAACCAAAGCACAAAACAUAAAUGACUUAGAAGGCAAAGAUUAUUGGGACUUCGAUUCGAAUACAAUUAAGCGUAUUAAUGACGUGAUCGCUUUAUCAAAAUCCGUGGAGAUAUUUUCCAAAGAGGGCCAAUUAAGUGCCAAUGACACAUCAGCUCGAGAAAGUUUCCUUGCUUACUGCAGCAAUCUGUUUCGGGAUAUCUCUGGAGAUAUCGACACCUCUGUUGCUCGUCCCUAUUUCGCAAAAAAUUUGCCAAAACUGGUUGAACUAUUGGAGCAGUUUUUUAGAGUUUUGGACGUUGUUGACUGGAACGUGGCCGCACCGGGACAGCGGCAGUGGCGAGAUCAGAUGCUGGAAAACUUUAUCGCACUCUUCAACAUUGCCGAACAUUUCAAACCACUUCUUCUGGGCAACGAGAGCACCUGUGUUAAAGCUGCAAACCCGUCUAGACAAAAGGAUUCUGCUCCAUCGAUAGAAACCAUAUGGAGGGCUUACGUCUAUUCAGGUCAAAAACUCCCCUCUUCUUAUGCCGAACCGCCGAUCGAGAUUCCCUCGCGUGCAUUUCGAUUAACUCAUGGUCCGGCGGUUUUUUCAAAUCACCCUGAAGUGCAUCGCGAUCUUCAUCAGAUGGUGGAUAUUUGGGGCGAUAUCUUCCGUCUCCAAAGACGCCUUAAAUUCCUGGAUUACAUUGAAAACAGACUUCCACAUUGGUUACGCCUAAUCGCUGAACAGUCCACUGAAAAAGCGUCGGCUCUGCGUCUUCUUUGUCAAAUAGCAUGUGAUUGCUACCCGGUGAUGGUAGAAAAGGAAUAG